UAUCAAGUUAAAGUUUUUUCAAGUAAAUAUUAAUUAAACUUUAACAAAAGGUAAAAUAAUAAAUAGUUCGGAGUUUUUAAUUAAAAAAAAUCCAAAAAAUAAGGAAUAACAUGAUUUGUCGAAUGUGCUUAAAUAAAGUAAAUGAUUUUAUUAAUAUUUUUCAUGAAAUUGAUAGUCAACACAACAUAUCCGAAGUGGUCGCUAAAUAUUUUUGGUUUAAGCCAAAAGAGGAUGACCCAGUAUCGACAGUUAUUUGUAAAAAUUGUUGUCUCAAACUAUAUAAUUUUCAUGAAUUUUAUAAGAUGGUAUAUAACGCUCACAGACUAUGGAAAAAUGGAGAAAAUACUAAUUGUGAUUAUUCUAUAAAUAAACUUAAGGAAUAUUGUUCUUUAACUUACAAAAGUGAAACUUGCAAGAAUAUUUACGAAAUGGGAGAAUUACCAUUUUUCAUUCCACAAAAGGACGUUGAAGAGAGAAAUGCCACAACAACAGAUCGAGAUAUCCUUUCGGAUAAUUUAGUUUGCAAUGAGAUCGAGCAGGAAACGAAUUUAUCUUUUAGCGAAAUUGUUGUUGAAAGAAAUGAUGGAAAUAAAAGAGAAGAAAAUACGAAAAUAAAUGAAUCUAUGUUAUCAAAUGAAAAUAAAAUGUCACAAAAAUCGUGUAGGCGUCAAAAUAUAAUAUCUAAAUCAUUAAAAAAUGUUAUUGUAAACAACAUUGAAACUCCUUCGGAAAAGAGGAGAGGUCGUCCAAAAAAAGAGAAAGGCUUAAUGAAGCUAAAAAAAAGUUCAAGCGAACAAGAAGCAUAUAAAGCUAAAAUAAUAGAGUAUGACGCUGAAAUUGCAAAGUACAUGUCAUUAUACUGUGAUAUUUGUAAUAACAAGUCAGAAAAUUUUCCUGCUUUAAGAAUUCAUAUGCGUGAAAGUCACAACAUUAAGGAGGGAUAUGUGAAUUGCUGUGACAAAAAGUUUAAUAAAAGAGCCCUUCUUUUGUAUCACAUACGACAACAUCUAAACCCCAGUUAUUAUAGAUAACAUAAUCACAUCGACGCAGGUGUUACUAACCUUAAGAAAUAAUCAAAGUGCCGUUCUCUUUAGUGUGGUGUAGGGUGUAUUUAGGCUGCAUUGUGCUAAUUUAAGCAUUAGCACAAUUCUAUUGGUAAAAUCGCCCAUUUUGCAAUAAACAUUGCUAAAAGUUCACUACUGCAAAAUGAUGUUAAACAAACACCACUUUAUCUCAAAAUUUUGAGGGAUUCUAGUAAAAAAAAUGCGAAGAAUGUGAUUUUACAUUUUCCGAUCGUCAAUCUAAGCAUAAUCAUUUCUUAGUUAAACAUCAAAA